UCCGCGGACUUCAGGUAAACCAUGUCUAAUAUUGGAAAACUGUUUAAAAUUGGAGGAAACAAAGCUCCAAGGCCGCCAAGAAAGGAUUAUGACGAGAAUAGGAGCUCUAGUGAAUGUUCUGAAGAAGACGAAAGCUAUUUGGACCCACAAACAGUGCAUCCUACAUCGUCCCCAAACUCAACUCCAGUUCAGAUGCCCAGCUAUCCUCCUCCAAGACCGAAUCAUUCGCCAGCGAAUCGCCGUGUUCAUGACGUCGGAAAAAGGGCUUCGGUGCCCGUCACAUUUGACCAAAUGACUAAACCUCCUGUACCUAAAGCGAGAUCGCAGAGGCCCCAAAGCGCUGAACAUUUAAAGUCAGGCAAAGGGCCUGUUGUAUCGCAAAGACUUGGCUUAAAGAUGCCUGGUGAUGAUUACUCUGAUCCAUGGGAUGCCAAAAAAGCUCAUUCUCCUGGGGGAGACUAUUCAGAUCCUUGGGAUGCGAAAAAAGCUCAACCACCCACUGAUGAUUAUUGCGACCCAUGGGACAAGAAACCAACACCUGCUGAUGCAAGUAGAAAGACUUCAAAAGAUGAUUAUAUUGAUCCAUGGGAUGCAAGGCAAGAUGGUUCAACACAGGUUGAAAUGAUGCAAACUACAGAAAAAUCCAAACAACAAAGUAGUGAGGACUCAGAUGAGGAAAGCUAUGAUGAACCGUAUGACCUUGGAAAGACUACAGUAUUAGACGAGCAGGCAAAGCGAUUUUCUUUGAAGGGCAUGCGUCCAUCAUCUUUGGAUGGGUCACCUGAACAUGAAGAGAGGAGCAUUAGGAAGAACUUAGUAGAGCUACUCCUACUGUAG